GCUGGUAACAAGAGACGACGAGUGGCGACAACCAGUGAGGAUGCGGCGGACCCCGCAGCGGGGACAAGCCGCAGGCAGGAUGCUUGGCUCCGCUGGCCUGCCGUUGUUUUCGGUCCCCGGCCGCUCUCGGACCCCGCCGCACCUAUGAGGCCGACGCCAAUGACGCCCCGAGUCGCGACAGCGAGGCGGAAAGUGUCCGCGGACGGCGAGCAUGUGCUGCUGCUGGCGGGUCGGGUUCGCAUGGACGCGGUCGUGUGUGGUCGAUCUGGGCCGGAACCAGAGCGUCUCUGUUCCUAAUUGCUACGCCGGCGAACCGCUCUCGUUGUAUGGGUCCGUCAUCGCCCGUCCCCUGCAAGACCACGGCGGGAUCAUGUCAGCGCUGGGCUCGGACUCGUGGUGGCGGAAGACGCUCUAUUUGACCGGGGGCGCUCUGCUGGCUGCUGCCGCCUAUUUGCUGCACGAAUUGCUGGCUAUCAGAAAAGAAGAAGAGUUGGACUCUAAAGAUGCCAUCAUUCUGCACCAGUUCUCCCGACCCAAAACUGGCGCCCCUUCCUUGUCCCCCUUCUGCCUUAAGACGGAGACGUACCUCCGCAUGGUGGACCUGCCCUACCAGAACUACUUCGACGGCAAGCUUUCGCUGCAGGGCAAGAUGCCGUGGAUCGAGUACAACCAUGAGCAAACGUGCGGCUCUGACUUCAUCAUCGACUUCCUGGAGGAGAAGCUGGGUGUGAGUCUCAACAAGAGCCUGACGCCUCAGGAGAGGGCUGUGUCACGCGCCGUCACCAAAAUGGUGGAGGAACAUUUAUACUGGACCAUCGCCUACUGCCAGUGGGUGGACAACUUGGAGGAGACCCAGAAAAUGUUGUCAGUGAGCGGGCCGCUGAGCGAGCUGCUCAAGUGGAUCCUGAGUCACGUGACCGGCGGCAUUGUCAAGCGGGAGAUGUACGGACACGGAAUGGGACGCUUCUCCAAGGAGGAAGUCUACGCCCUGAUGGAGAAGGACAUGCGCACGCUGGCCACCUUGCUAGGCAAUAAAAAAUAUUUUAUGGGCUCCAAGAUUUCAACAGUAGACGCCACAGUGUUUGGUCACCUGGCCCCCGCCAUGUGGACCCUACCUGGAACCCGACCAGAGCAGCUCAUCAAAGGUGAGCUGAUCAACUUGGCCAUGUACUGCGAGCGUAUUCGCCGGCGCUUCUGGCCCGAGUGGUUUGUGGACUUGGAGGACUUCCGCUACAAGGACACGUCUGAGAGCAGCGUCUCUGCAUCCAGGCUGCCUGACCUCGGCCUCUACUCCCGUACGGACACCCUCCAGGACGACACCCACUCACACAGCGCACACAGCAGCCACACGCCACCACCGCCGCUGUCGCCCAUCAGCGACCCCACAGGCCACUCGCUGUACGACUCCGACAUGGACACGGACUUCUCCGAGAUGGAGCUGCUCAAGUGUUGACGAAAGGUUACGUAGACGUAAAAAAAGAACCUCUGUCCUCGCAGACCUCUUGGGCUCCCAACACACAAGAUGUCACAUGGGCGUAAUCGUGGCAAUGUGUGUGUGCGCGCGCCGCCAUUGUUGCCCCUCGUGAGCCAAGAGCGCCAUCUAUUCACUAAAAAGGCCUCAUGUAGACGGACACUCAUCAAUGUAAAUACGAAAAAAAAUGACAUGCGUAUAUGCAUAGAACUAGAUAGCUUGCUAAUAUCAAAGAAUAACAAUCAUGUCAUGUAAAUAUUUUACUCAGACGUUACUCACAAAAAUCCCCCUUUAACUGAUCUUGGGUUGGUGUGAACAGCUGGCAUUUAAUCCCCUUUCAAAACAAUUAGCAACAUAUGUAGAAUAAAAUUAUUAAUAAUCAAUAACUCAUGCAAAAUGACUUUGCGUUUGCCAUUACUUGGCGCGAGGAAUUACAAAAUAUUUUUUGUGAAACCAUGUAUUUAUUUUUUGUAAUCAUCUUUCAGACUAAUUUCCUCAAUUAGUUUUAUAAAAAUGUUUUAAGUUGAUUUAUGAAUCAAACUACCAAGGUGUCGUAAAGCAUCAAUGUUUCAGGGUUAGUUACAUAUUUGGCCUUGACAAAGGUCUUUGCCCCUGAGUGCCGUUGUAGUUAUUUAGAGCGGUAACAGCGCCCCCUGCAGCAUCACAGUGAAAACACAAGUUUGUGUCAUACAAAGAGGUACAUACAUAUUUCUAUGUAUAAUAAU